GCUUCAGGAGUACUAGCAAAUAGUGAAUGCAAGAAGGCAUUUGAAAAGUUAAAGAUGAGAUCAGAGACGUCCCAGGAUGGGGAUGGGGAAGAAAUUGGAAGAUUUGUGAUAAUGAAACUGAAUGGGAACAAUUCAGAAAUUAUUGUAGAGUACAAAUCUAAGCCUGACGAAACAUUUGAUGAUUUCCGGGCACUGAUGAAGGAAGCAGCCGAAGCUGGUGAAGGGAGAUAUGCAUUUUAUGACGUUCUAAAACCAGACCAAGAUGAGAAAGCACAUGUAGGAGAAAAAGGAGAUCUUGCUAUGAUAGUCUGGUGCAGCGAUGACAAAUGUGCCAUCAAGCAGAGAAUGUUGUAUUCAAGCUCAAAAGAUGCACUAAAGAAGGCCUGUACUGGCUUUAAGAAAGAAUUCCAAGUUAACGAUUUGGCUGAUCUUACUUUGGACGAAUUGCAAUCAAAAUUUAAGAAAUAAGAUAGCCUUACUUGAGUUUCAUAUAGGCAAUACCAGGAAGACUUUUUUCAUUAAUUUCUUAAAUAAGAUAGGUUAUCAGUUUUGUUUUUAAUUGUAAGCUAUUAUUUUGGCAUCAAAUGCUCUGAAGAUAUUGUUUCAUAGAAUAGAACUUAAUAAGUGUUAAGAUUUUAGUUUAAUAUACAUGUUAUGAAGUAUAUCAUGCUAUUAUUUAAAUGGAAUUGUUCAAUGUUAGAUAUUUGCCAUCACAUUUAUAUAGAUAUUCUUAUUUGGUUAAGAUGGGAACGAAAAUGUGGAGAUGUAACCAUGUUUCAUGACGAUUUAAAGAAAUUAUUUUAUAAUAUAAAUCCUUUAAUUUGGGACCAAAAUAACAGGUUUUUUUUUGUGUGUGGAAUGAAACCUUUUGGCAAUGAAGAUCAAAUAUUAAAUGGUAUUCAAGUUUAUGCUUGAGCUGAUAUCACUGUUAAGUUUUCUCUCUUCGUGUUAGAACACUCGCAAAUCUUUUGAAAGAAAUAAUUAUGAUUUGAAAUCUCCAUAUAUAGGGUUAGUUACACAAUCAAUUAUUGUCAAAAUUUAUGACCAUUACAAUCUAAGAUGGCAUUCAAAACAUAUCCUUCCUGUUAUCAUUAAGAUAGAUCUAAAAAGAUUUUUUUUUUUCAAUGUUAUUUUCAUGCCCACUUUCUAUCAACUUGAACUGUGAUUGAAUUUCAGAUGUACAGGUGUCUAGGCAUUACAUUUUCGGCAUUCAAUUUCUAAAAUCUUCAUUUUUGGGGUUUCCAAAAAUACAUUCUGUAUUUAUGAAACAUUCUUUCUUAAUUAAAUUUCUUUACCUUAAAAAACAUGUCAUGAAGUCAGGAAUCUGCUUUAUACACAUUUCUACCAGAAAAAAGUAUUCUUUCAACAUUCCGAAAACUUUGUAAAUGUAUAUACUUGAUAUGUUGCUUUCAACUGCCUGCACUAAUUACUUGGAUAUUUCUUGACAUUUUUUACAUAAUAUAAAUAAAGUGUAAAGUAAAAAAAAAAUAAACUAGAAAAUGUGUCAAA